GCUCUGGAUGCCCGGAGCGGCCAUGAGCAAGCGGAACCAAGUGUCCUACGUGCGGCCCGCCGAGCCGACUUUCCUGGCCCGCUUCAAAGAGCGGGUCGGCUACAGGGAAGGACCCACCGUAGAAACCAAGAGAAUCCAGCCUCAGCUCCCAGAUGAAGAUGGUGAUCAAAGUGACAAAGAAGAUGAACAACCCCAAGUGGUGGUUUUAAAAAAGGGAGACUUGUCAGCUGAAGAAGUCAUGAAAAUUAAAGCAGAAAUAAAGGCUGCCAAUGCAGAUGAAGAACCAGCUUCUGCUGAUGGGAGAAUCAUGUACCGAAAGCCAGCCAAGCGUUCCUCAGAUGGAAAGAACUGUGGUUUAACAGCAAGCUCAAAAAAGAAGAAGACUAAUGAAGAUGAAGUCAAUAAGCCGGACUCUGUGAAAAAGAACUCAGAAAAACAAGUCAAAAACAGUAGUCUCCUUUCUUUUGGCGAUGAAGAUGAAAAUGAAUAAUUUUAAGUGUUUUGGACUUAAAUCCUCUUUAGAAUAUAUGAGGAGCUUUUUAAAAAUAGCAUUUCUUCCUAUUAUAAAGAAAAGACAUUACAGAAAACUUUAAAAAUACAGGAAAAAAAUUAGUAAAAAGUUAUCUACAAUA